CUCGCGCUUUGCGCUAUAUCCCAGGAUUUUUCUUCUACGACGUGCUUUAUACUCCGCUGGGACUUUCCGCGUUGAUAUAGUAUACUCUAGCGGUACAAAUUAGGCACACGUGCGAUCACCGGCGCUCCGCAUCGCAAGUUCGGAGCUGCAUUCCCCUCGAAUUUCCGCAUACGAAACGGACCGUCGAUAAGUCACAAUGGCACCCAAAUCGAACAAGAAAGCUGUGGAGGAACGGGAGCCUACUCCUAUGAGCACAUCGUCUGCUGGCGAAUCUUCUAGCUCCGAGGUUGAGUCGACCCAGAGCGGAAGCGAUAGUGACAGCGAUUCCAGCACUUCUUCCAACGAGAAGACUUCUACCCAGAAGACCUCCCGUAAUGUAUCUCUAGCAGCACCCCAACCUUACAAAGCCCCCUCUGGAUUCAAGUCCUUGAAACAACAAGCAGCACCAAAGUCCAAUGUCUCCUCUCUCCUGUCCGAUCUUCGCGGCAAGCAAGUCUACCACAUCACGGCGCCAGACUACCUUCCUCUCUCCAAGGUUGAGGAAGUCUCGUUGGCCAAGAUCAUGCAGGGCAAGCCGGUCCUGAAACACAAGGGUGUGCAAUACGGAAUUCCGGUGGAAAGCUUUGCGCAACCCGACCUGGGUGGAAAGACGCUCCACCUGUACGACUCGAAGACCAAGACCUACUACAGCACCGCCGCCAGCAAUAUCCCCAGCUACCACAUCCAAGAGAUGCUCGAUAUUCCCGAGGUCAGCGAUGAGACCGUUGCGCAAGCUGUACAGGAGCAGAUCAAGCCCCCGAGGAAACACCCUAAACACUUGAAGAUGCGCUUUCACCCCGUAGGAAGUGGCGUGGAGCCCCCCGAGACCCUCGGAUCCAGUUCUGAGGAGUCGGAAGACGAGAAGCCUACAUUCAAGGUCCCCAAAUCGCUGGAGAAGGAGCGGGAUGAGAGAAAGCGCAAGAACCACCCUACUGAGGCGGAUGGGAGCCAGGCCGAGGCCGGUGAUGUGCCCCGUAAGAAGUCCAGAAAGUCCGCUCAAGAGGGAGGUGAAGGCGAGGACAAGAAGAAGAAGUCCAGCAAGAGCCGGGAGGAGAAGAAGCGCAAGAAGUCCGAGAAGUCUACUUGAAGUGCUUGAUGAUAUCUCUUCUUUUUCUUCUUCAUUAUCGUCUUUUCUUUUCAUCAAAAGUUGGCAAUACUAGUUGGGAUGUGUUUUUGCUUUUACUCUUCCGGCGUGUGGGGAGUGAUUUCUGACGAGCCCGCUGAAUUCUACGUUGCAUGCCAGCCAUGGGUGUGUUCGAUUGUACAUAAGUCCAGAG